AUGAAGCUCGUCAUCUCCGGAUGGCUCACCAAGAAGGGUCAGUCCACCGCGUUCAGCAGCGGCAAGCAGUGGCACAGGCGGUACUUCGAGCUCUGGCAGGAGCCCAUGGACGGAACCGCCGCGCUCAAGUACUUCACCUCGGACGAGCCCCACGAAAAACCGAGGGGGAUCGCGCGCGUCCACGCGGGGUCAUCCGUGCGGGUGCUCGACGACGAGGCAUCGCUGAUCGACCACGGGCUCGACAGGUCCCUCGCGGGCAGGCGCGUCUUCGUGUUCCAGGCCACCCCAGCCAAGGACAAGGCCGAACUCGCAAAGGCCAAGUUUUCCUUCUUCCUGGAAGCCGAAAACGCGUCCGUCAUGCACAGCUGGGUCACGGCCCUCUCCGAGGCUAUCGCCGAUAACCGGCAUCACGCCGCGGCGGGCGGCGACGGCGAGGCGGGCGUCGUCGGCGGCGCGUCCGGAGCCGCGGACCUGGACCUGAACGGGGGCGACACAGCUGGCGGCGGCGCCGGGAAGAUCGCCCCCCGGAAGCGAUUCCUGGGCGCGCUGGAACGCGCGGGUUUGUGCGGCCCUUUGGGCGGGCCCGCCAUACCCGCGGUCCCCGGCGCCGUCUGGGAGACCCCCGCGUUCAUCGACUUACUCGCCGACGGGAUGCUGACCCCGGAGGCGAGGGAUCGUCGCCGCGUCGCCCUCUCCACGGGCUCCGCGGAUGGCGCGCUUCGGCCGCUGGUGCGGAGCUCGACCGAAGUCGCGAGAGCGCUGGGGCAGCUGAUGAUGCCGGCGACGGAGGCGGAGCAGCACGCCCUCGCCGACGCCAGGCAGGGGCUCGUCGCGCUCGGGGAUUUAUCCCUCUCGUGCCCCGCAGGGAGCAAGGACAACACGCGGUUUUUGGUGUGGCUCGAGGAGAUUGUCGAGCGAUGCCGUAAUCUUCCGAGGGGGCGGACGCUGCUCUUGCCGGGAGGUUGGUGCACCAAGAACGGCGGGCACCCGCUGGUGUACUCGGUGCGCCGUAACGACGCCGACUUCUCCCUCCUCGUGACCAACACCGGCGACGGGCUGGAGUAUCACCCGCGGGAGGCUGACCCGGUGUUGGACGGUUUUCGAGCCAUGCACACGAUCCAACUGGACGAGAUCGAACCGGCGACGCUGUUCGACUCGUCCUCGUGGGCCUUACUCUACAGGCCCCUGAUCUUCUCGGCGCCCGGUAAGAAGCAGAGCGAGCACAUCUACGGCAAGGUGCUGCCGUUCUUUAACAAGCGGCCGCUCAUGUGCUCCGUCGGUGCCGUCGGCGAGGGAGGCGACAGGGUCGAACACAGGCACCCGCUCGCCGCCGUGUCCCGGGGGGGUGACGCGUCCGGGGCCAGGCUCGCGCUGGAGGCUGCGCGCGCGUGCGUGGCCGCCGCGGAGGGCGUCCACCCCCGUCGUGCCGACGCGCUGGCCGAGAUGGGCGUCAGACACGUCCUGGUCGAAUCCGCUCUUCAGGAUUUGAACUCGUCGAGCGCCGACGUCCUGGGAGCCGCGCCGGCCGCCGCGCUCGAGGCUGCGUGCAGAACGCUCGCCGCGACCGCCGGCCCGUACGCGGACGCGCUCGCGAACGCCACGGCGCAGGAGGCUGCGGCGGCGGGGGUCGCGACGUUCAUGCAGAUGCAGGCGAGGGAGCUGCACCGACAGGCUCGGGAGGCGGCUGAGAAGGCUGCCCGGAUGGCUGGCGCGGCGGCGGCGGCGGCGGGGAUGGGCGCCGACCCCUUCGCGAACAUCGCCGGCGCUCCGCCCGUGGUACCGGGGCUGGAUGACACUCUGAGCUCGUUGCCGCAGCUCGAGGCGUUCAACGGACCGGUCGUCGAGGCGGAGACGUUGGCGAGGGUUAUUCGAUGCGUCGAGGCGGUUAUCCAGAAGACCGCGGCGCUGCGUCAGCCGGCGCUGCUACCUCCGCCGCUGCUGAAGGCUUCCGUGGACGACGGCGACGAGAUCGCGGGCGGGUUUCGCGCGGAUCUCCCCGACAUGCGCACGCCUAGCGCGGCCUGUUCGGCGCCGCUCUACGGGAGACUGGCCAAGUCUAACGAGGACAUCGAGGCUUUGGCGGGUGCCGAGCAGGCUCCCCCGAUUGUUCGCCCGGUGGAGCUUACCUUGGUCCCCGACAGCGUCGCCACCGUCGAGGAAGCCUCGGGGGCGAUGCGCAAGGCCGUGCACUGCUGUGUGCUCCUCGCCAACCAGGCGGAGCUGCUGCCGAACACGUUUCAGCUUCGCGCGUCUCUGUUAACGCACCUCUUCUGCAGCGUCCUCCCGGCUCCUCUCCCGCUGACGCAUCCCCGGCGUCGCGCGGAGUGCUUCUGGGCGUCCCAAACGGUCCGAUACGAGACCCAGGCGGAGCUUCUGAGGUGUCUCAGACUCUUGCUCCUGCAAUUUGGCGCGGCGGCGCUGUCCAUGACCGCGACGAGGUCGUUCGACGCGGCCCGACUCCUCACCCUCGCGUCCUUUGCGACGACGGCGGAUGCGAUUUUGCGUCUCAGGGUGAACGACCAUCCCUCGCCCUUCUGCCUUCACUACAGCGGCGACGCGGACGGACCGGUCACGCCGUUCGGGUUCGAGAUGGGACCUUUCGGGGUGGAGGCGGAGUACCUCCGCUUCCACUGCCCCGAGCGCACGGGGAGGCUGACGCAGGUGCUGGACUACUUCCACGGGAUCAAGGAGGCGGUGACGGACGAUCACAUGGUUUUUCGCUGGGAGAAAUCGGCGGAUUUCGGCGCGGGGGACGCGAGGCUCCUAUCGCAGGUGUGCCUGCAGAUGGGCUUUCCGAUGGAUCCCGACGAACUCCCGUUCUACCUCUCCGGCGAGAGCAGGGAGCUCGGCGACAACUACCCCGAGAUGCCGGUGAUGCGCGACAUCGUGUUCUUCUUCAAGGCGCUGAUGACGCCCACGUCCGAGUCGUUGCCCGAGCUUCGCAGGUGGCGCCCCAGGGACGCCGCGCUGUGGUGGAAGUAUAGACCCGGGCAAGGGUUCGAGACGCACGGGUUCGCGCGGCGCAUGGAGGUUCACCCGUGGAAAGAGGGCGACUCUGGUGAUAAGGGCACCGGGUGGCGGUCCUCCAUGGGCGGGGGUUUUCUCGCCAGCCUCUUCGGGUCUGGCGACAAGCGACCGCGCUGCCCUCCGUCUGGGGGCAACCCCAGCAACCUCGCGGGCAAGGAGGUCAACUCCGAGGAGGACGUGCUGCACCUGCAGAAGCUCCCGACGUUCGACGGUUUACUCCGUCCGAGCGAAUCCGAACUGUUGCUGACGUACCUCACCGCGCCUUACCUUCGUGUGCCGUUGGUGCUGAAACACUUCGCGGAUCCCCAGCGGGUCAGAGCGCUCGGUCACAAGGACGUUCAGGGCGUUCUCGACGCGUGCUUCUUCGAACCGGGGCCUUGGCAGCCCCCGGGCACGGUGGACGUUCCCUCCGAGGUCCCCGCGCCGUCCAGGGCGCACAUGGCGACGCCCUGCGGUUUGCUCCUUCACGAGCUCUCCAACGCUCCGGCGCCGCUCAUUGACGCCGCGGAGGAGAUUUUGGCGAUGACGCUGGAGCUGGACACCGGUCGGCACGACUCGCCGUGCGCCGCGGGGUUACUUUACGCGGUGCGGCUGAUGACGCGCAUGCACUGCUUCGUGCGGUACGCGUUGGUGGAGUCCGGGCUGGGCGGCGAGGUUGACGGGGUCGAGGCUUCGGGCCCGGGGGGUUUCUCGGAGAGCUUCUCGGAGAGCCGAGGAGUCGACGGGACUCGGCGGGACUCGCCGGGGCCGGGUCCGGGACCCGGGGGAUGGGCGGGUGGUUCCGGCGCGCGCGGCGUGCGAUGCCCACCCGCCGCCGCCGCGCCUCUGCUCCACGCCGCUCAUCGUCUGCGCAGGGCCCUGGACGACCGCGUCCUCCCCUGCCUUAAAAGGUGGCUCCACAACGCGGCGAGGUCGGGUGAAAAUCGAGCCGCGUGCGCUAUUCACGCGCACCUGGCCUACCUUCACUGGUGUACCCCCCCGCACGCCAUCACGCGCCGCGCCGCGCAGACGUUGCUCACGGCGCAGGCGUACAUCCUGGUGAACCACAGGUUCGUGGACGCCGCGGAGGCUGGGGCGGGGAGUAAACUGCGGGGUAAGGCGACAGACGCGGGGCGGGUGGACGACGCGCUCGGCUUUGCGCCGUCUGAGAUUUUUGACCUGUUUCAGCGGCAGCGCCGGUCGGUGCUGACGUGGAUGGAACGGAACCCCGCACUCGCUGACGCGGUGCUCGAGGAGGUGGUCCGCGUUCUCACGCUCAACAGCAGCGGUCUGGACGAUUACGGCGACGCCAACGCCGAUAAGGAGAACAAGAUCGUGCCCAAGAAGGGCCUCGCCGGAUGGUUCGGCGGGAAGAAGAAAAACGAGGAGGAGCCGCCCGAGGAAAAGCCCGUCGAAACCGUCCUUCCCGGGGUCAAGGUCGAGUCAAACGCCGAUUUGCGCAAGGUUGACAGGCGUUGGGUGCGCGUCCCCGGUCCUGGAGGCGCCGGACGGUUCAUCCCAGAGACGGAGGCGGCGAGCGCUGCGGCUGCGGCUGGCGUCGAGCUCGUGACGCGACCCGCCGACGAAAAUUCCCCUCAGCCGCCGACUCCCCCCAAGGCGGGCGCGCCCAACGCCGGCGGCGACUCCGACGUCUCCCCAUCCUCCCUGGGCGGCGACGCGCUCACCGGCGCGGCGGCCGUGUCCGCGGACGCCCGAGCCGCGGGGAUAUCGUACGAGGACUGGAUGCGAUCCGUGACCACGAUGGCCGUGGAGAUGGAGAUUAACGCGCAGCUGGGAGAAUUCACGGUGCGCAAGAACAGGCUCAAGGCUUUACAGCACAGCGUUCGGGAGAUGCCCGACUUCAUCGCGGCGCUCGGCCAGACGCUGCUGGCGUCUCACAUCGAGGCCAAGGCGACCCGAGGGUCGAAGACGCUCGCGGACGUUCCCGCCGAGGACGCUCCCCGCGGCGAUACCUUCCGAAGAACCGACGGCGCCAACGCCGGACGCGGGGAGGAGGCCGGCGCCGAGGGCAUCGACGGAGGGGGCGGGGACUCUGACGUCGAAUCCGACGACGACGACGGCGUCGACGGCGUCGUCGUGCACUGCGCCGAGGUGAAGCGCACCGAACACAGGCUCUGGAUGCGACUCGUGGGCCUGCGACACGACGUGCAGCUGUGGGACAAGGACGCACGGGCGCCCGCGCUGCCGUUCAACAGGCCGUAUAAGCCCCUGUUUACCGACACGGACAUCGCGGCGGGCCUCGCGGGCGCCGCGCGCGGCGUCGCGGACCUCGCGGCGUCCGUCGGCGCCGUCGGCUUGGCCGAAUCGGAGCGAUGGAUCUCCGAGCGGCUCGAUCCAGUCGCCGCCGGACCCGCGGCUGGGUACCUGGACGGAGUCGAGCUGUUCCUUCCCGUGCAGACGGUGAAAGGGCCGAUCGCGCACCUCGCGGGUUUCGCGAAGAUGCCCGCCGGGGUGGGCCAGCCUGGGGGCCCGCCUUCGGACGCGUGGGGGUUCGAACCCGGGCAGAACGAACGCUUCCCGGGGGACCCCACCGCCGUCGCCAAGGCGUCCGCCGCGGCCAAGGAUGGAGACAAGAAGGACGACAAGAGGGACCCCGCGACCCCCCCCGCUCAGCUCGGCGCCCUCACCGAGGUGGUCGUCCUGCGGGACCCGCCCCUCGUGCAGGUGUACAGGGUGGAGAGCCACGGACGAAAGUGGCGCAGGGCUCUCGUGUUUGCCUCGUCGGCGUCGUGGUGUCUGGCUGACGUGGACCCCGACGGUCACCCCGCGCUGGAGGAUCCGGCUGAGCGGUACCUGCUCUCCUCGACGCGGCUCGGGGCGGCGUCCUCGUCGCUGGUCAUCUCCAGGCACCUGACGGAGAAGCAGGGCAGGCAGCAGUUCGUGCCCGCGAGGCACCUGCGGGGGUUGAUUCCGGCAGCCAUCUUGAAGGAUUACGCGUUUUGGCAGGAUGAGAAGGGCGACCUUCACGGCGACCCGGUGCCGGGCGCGUCUCACCCGAGGUCGGUCAUACACGCCAAGCUGGUCAAGGGCGCGGGUGCCGACGUCGCCGGGGCGUUCAGCGCCGGCGUCGGUGAGCACGCCGCGGUGAUUCGAAGGAUCCCGCUGCGCAAAGACGACGACGACGCGGACGCUCCCGGGGUGAGGCCCGGCGCGAAGAUCCCAGUCGGUCACGUGAAGGGGCAGUUGACUCUGAUCGACUUACUCUACGCGCCGGCCGUGCUCGGAGAGGCGGCUGACGCUGCCUCAACGCCGUCGGAGACGAAAGCGGCCGCGGUGGCGUUGCGGUCCGUGGCCAGAUGCCUCGCCGCGGUCGAGGGUCUGGCGCACUGCCUCGCGUGGACGGCUGCGCCGGUUGACGCCAGCCGCCUCGGCGGCGGCGGCGGCGUGAUCGGCGCGCUCGCGUCCGCCGCCAAGGCGCUCAACAUCGGCGGCGGCGAGGGAGGCGAUACCGAGGGCCAGCCCACUCACAGAUCCGUCGUCGGGAUCGAUCGAAUCGAGCUUCCCAGGCUGGGCAUCUCCUUCGCGGCGACCGCCGAGGACCCCGCCGAAAGCCGCGACGAAAGCCUCGGCGGCGUCGUCGGCCCGGGCGGCUCCGUCCGGCUCGAAUGCGAGGAGCACGCGGGUCUCUUCCUCUCCGCCAGGCGCUCCCCCGAGCUCGACGCCCUGCUCGUGGGUUUACCCCACUCGCUGCUGCUGGAGGGGCGCGACGGCGCGCUCAGCGUCUUGCUCCCCGCGGGCGCCGCGCCUAGGCCCGCGCUCGAUCGCGCGGCGAGCAACUCCAAAAACGGAACAGCCGCCAAGGACGUCGCCGUCGUCGCCGCGGAGGAGGCGGCCGCGGUCGGGACGAAGGGCUUCGGCACGGACAUGGUCCUCGACCGGUGGGACGCGGAGUGGACGCGAAACGCCUUCCAGGGCGGCGGCGGUCACUACGUGUACCCGGUUCACGGCGGGCACGCGGCGCUCUCCGCGGCUUCGCUGCCCUCGGCGCUGUACCUGGCGCUGCUUCGCUUCCUCGCGAGGCGUUACGCCGACGUGUGCAAGCUGUCCGAUCUGUGCGUCUCGGACAACGCUCCGACCCCGGAGGAGCAACAGCUGUGGCUGGCGUUCGCCGGCGUCGCGAUGGACCCCGCGCCCGACGCGUGCGCGGCUCGGCUCCGACUCUCAGUCGCCGCCUUUGCUACCCCGGCGGAGUCCUUACUGCCGUGGGAUACCCAGGAGGAGUUACGCUCGUACGUGGGGUCGUGGCGGCACGUCAGCGCGUCGUGCAGGCUUUCCGCGAGGGAGGAGCAGGAGCUCCUGGACUCGUGCGACCCGGAGAUGGUGGCGCGUUCGCCGCUCAUGUCCAACCGGGGGAGCUACCUGUAUCUGAGAGCCAACGGUUCGGUCGCCGCCGCCGCCGGUGUGGAGGGUGCCAAAUCCGCGUGCCCCCUCGCGUAUCCCGACGCGCCCAAGCAGAGCACGUACGACGCCGUGGAGGACAGGAGCGCGCUCGAGGAGGGCAUCACGGGCGAGGGACCGCUCGGCGCCCUCGGGGGGCUCAAACACUCGUUUUCGCAGUACGAGGAGAAGGAGGUGACGGGCGUCGCCGCGCUGAAGAAAAUUGGCGAAUGGAUCGACGGCGGCUCGCUCGCCCUCGACGCCUCUCACGGAUUUCCCCUCCUCUACGAGCUCCUCAACGGAUCCGUGCCCCUGCGGGUGCUCCCGAGCGACGACCCGCACAGGUGGGGCAGCGCGCUCAUGCGCUUCGUGCCCCCGGAGCAGUCAUGCAAGCGCGGAACGCUCAUGUCCGUGCUCCGAAUAUUGUCCACGUCGGCUACGCUCGCGAAGAACGCGCCCAAGGUUGAGGAGAAAACGAUGGGCGCCAAGUUCAGCGCGAUGUUCACGCAGGACGGCGCGAUCGGCAUGCUGAUGCGAAGGGUCCAGCCCUACCUGCGCGACCGCGCGGCUCAGCCCGGGGGUAUCCCGAUGACGCUCGCGACCCGGUGGCUGCGCCGGGGAGGGUACGCGGCGCCGGAUAUGGUGGAGGUGCCGGAGCAGUCGGGCGCUACGUCGGGGGGGGUCUCUCGGGACGCCGCGAGGUGGGCGCUGCCGAACUUCGAGGACACCGACCGUGCGUCGCGAGUCUUCCCGCUGUCGCACCAUCUGGGCGGCGAGGCGGGUCCGUGGGGCGGGCCGAACCUCGAGCGAACGAAUCUCGCGGCGCUCGUCGACCAGCCGAUGGCGGAGCUCGGGCUCGAAAAGUACUUCGACGCCGGGUCCGAGACGGCGGACCUGGAGGCGGCUCGCAUCUCCGCGCUCGAAUCCGAAUCGACGCAGCUGGGAUCGGUCAGCGGGUUACCCUUCGACGUCGGGCAGCACGCGGCGGCGACGACCCCGAUCGCGAGGCAGACGUUACAACGGCUCAAGUCUGACGUCAAGGGCGCCGUCGAGAAGAUCAACGCGUCGGGAAAAUCCACCGACGUUAGGGACGUGCUCGCCAGGGCUCACCUCAAGCAUCUCACCCCGGCGGACGCCGCGCGCAUCGCCGAAGAGGCUGUUACCGGGCAGGCCACCGGGCAGGCCACCUCGGACGCCCGACGCGCGCUGCGGCAGAUCCUGGUCGCCAUCCGAGGCUUGAUGGCGCGUGACGUCGCCGCCGCUCGCGAAGCCGCCGCCGCAGCCGCGUCGACGGCUAACGGACUCAGCCGAGACCCCGCGGCUGCGCGAUCCAUGCUCCGACUGGGCCUGAACCGCAGGUCCGGCGCGUGGGCGGAGGCCACCUUCGACGAUCUCAUCGAGGCGCUGCUCGCGAGGGACGGCGCGGGGACGCUGGCGAAGAUCACGCCGGGGGUGGACGUUACUCGAGCGGAGGCUGCGCUUCACCUCGCCGCCGAGGCGCUGCUCCUCAUCUCGAGGCACGCGCUCGGAGCGAGGGCGGCGUUGGCGGCCGAAAACGCGCUCGCGGCGCUCGAUGCCGCGCCCAAGACGGUCGCAAUCGCCGGCCGGGACGCCUGCGUGUUCGAGGUUAGCCUCGCCGCGAAGGGCCUGGCGAACCUGCUCCGAACCAGGAGGUUCUACUUUGACGUGGACCCAUCCGACGUGUCCGGCUUUUCUCGAACGUACGACCCGCGGAUGCUCGUCUUUGAGUACGCGCAGGGCAUCAUCCUGCGAGAGAGGCAGGUGCAGCUGGUGCGGGACUUCACCGCCGCCGCGCUGGACGAGAAGCGACGCAGCGAGUGCGCCCAGAUGCUCAUGGGCGAGGGUAAGACGACGGUGGUGUGCCCGCUCCUGGGUUUCAUGCUCGCGAGCGACGACGCGCUGGUGACGCAGGUUGUGCCGCAGUCCCUCCUGGAAUUUUCCAGGUCCUGCCUGCGCUCAGCGUUCGCCGGCGUCGUGCGGAGGUCCGUGCUGACGUUGCGCUUCGACAGGUUCACCCCGCUGACGCCCGCGCCGCUGUACGCGCUUCGCAAGGCGAAGAGGGCGAGGGCAGUUGUGGUGACGACUCCGACGGCGCUCAAGUCUUUGGUUUUGAAAUUUUUGGAGUGCGCGCACCUCCUCGACCAGAGCAUGGUGGCGAAGAUGGAGGGGGGCCUGGUGGAGGGGCACAUCGGGCGCCUCACGCUUCUCUUCGAGGCGUCUAGCGAGACGAGGAGCAGGUCCGAGCGCGUCGCGGAGGCUGGCGGUCUUCGCCCGUCGGAGAUUGCCGAGAUGCGAAAGGAGGGCGCCGUCGCGGCGGAAAUCGUCAAGCUGUUCCAAUCCGCGGGCGUCCUGAUCCUGGACGAGGUGGACCUCAUCCUCCACCCCUUGCGAUCGGAGCUGCACUGGCCGCUGGGCAGGCGAGUGCCCCUUGACUUUUCCAAGUCCAGGUCCGGCGACGGCCUGCGGUGGAAGCUUCCUUUUUUCCUCAUCGACGGCAUCUUCGCGUGCACUCUCGGCCGAGCCGCCGCGGAGGAGGCGCAGGGCUCCAACGAAGCCGCCGGGAUCGUCAAGCGCAUCGCCGAGGUUGUGAACCGCGCGGUCGAGACCAAGGGGGUGCAGUCCACUCCCCACGUCGUCUUACUGGACCAAUCCUGGUACAACGCCGAGCUCAUGCCCUUGCUGGCGGAGUGGGCCGAGCUGUGGCUCAGGGCUCACGGCGCGGCUCGGGGCGUGGCCGAUCACCACAUGCGCGCGUACCUCACGCGGUCCAAGGGCGCCGCCGAGGCUGCGAGGAUCAUAGAGAAGGAGGCCGAGGACGACUCUCUCAAGAUGAUCAACCUCGCUCGCGAUUGGCUGUGCUCGCUGCUGCCGCACGUGCUGUCCAAGAUAAACCGGGUAUCCUACGGCUUGCUCUCCGCCAAGGACGUUCAGCUGCUGGAGUCCGCGAACGGCUCGCGCGUGCCCACGUCGAGGCGCCUUCUCGCGGUGCCGUUCGUGGGCAAGGACAUCCCGAGCCAGACGAACGAGUUCUCGCACCCCGACGUCGUCAUCGGCCUGACAAUAUGCACCUACAGGCACGAGGGCCUUCGACGCGGCGACUUCCGAAGGGUGCUCCGAAGCUUGCUCGAAAAAUUGGAACAGGAGACUGGGCCCGUCGGUAAGCGACCUAGCGCCAAGAGGUGGGCGGAGUUCGUCCGCAGGUGCGGGCGACGCGUCCGCGGCGAGGCGAGGGAGGCUGCGGCCGCCGCCGCGCGACGCACCGGCGCGCAGCUUCGCGCGUCGGUGACGUCUGUGGGCGCGUCGCGCAUCUCGGGCUUGGUCUCGGGGGCGGCGCCUCGCGGGUCCCAUUCGCAUUCGUCAGCGGUGAACCUGAUGGACGGAUCCGCGGACAGCCUCGAGACGGCGGCGGCGGCGUCGGCGGCGGACGCCCUUACCUCGUCCCAGUCGCACUCGCACUCGUCCGAUUCGGCGGCGCACGUCCAGGCGGCGGCUGCGUUGCUCGCCGCUUCGGAGCACGAGGUUUGGCCGCUCCAGCUGGUGGACCUUCGCGACGGCGACCAGGUGGAGGAGCUCUACCGGCUCAUGCGGCUCGUCCCCGAGGUGAUCGAGUUCUACCUGGACGAUUACGUGUUCCCGAAGACGGCGAAACAUCAGGGGAUGAAGCUGAGCGCGACGGGUCAGGAGCUGGGCGGGGACUUGAUCUUCCCGAGGAGGCUCGGCUUCAGCGGGACGCCUUCCGAUUUGCUCCCGCUGGAGCUCGGCGCCCCGAAGUUCGAGCCCGGGACGGACGCCAAGGUGCUCGCGACCCUCACCGACGUGGACGUCGUGAGCGCGCGGGACCUCGGCGGCGACUGGGACGUUCGCUCUUUGCUUCGGUCGGUCGCGACGGCUGACCCGCCCGUCCACGCGUUGAUCGACGUCGGCGCCCUCGUCACCGGCCUCUCAAACCUCGCCGUCGCCAGGUUCAUGCUCGAGGAGGGCCUCGUUUGGGCGGAAGGGUGCGUGUUCCUCGACGAAGGGGACUGCCAGAUGGUGCUGCUGCGCAAGGGGUGGCACGUGGUGCCGCUCGCGAGACUCGCCGCGCUCGACUCGUCCAAACGAUUCACCUUUUACGAUCAGGUGCACACGACGGGGAUGGACAUCAGGCAGGCGCCCGGAGCCACAGCGGCGCUCACCCUCGGCAAGGAUAUGACCCUUCGCGACUACGCUCAGGGUGCGUGGCGCAUGCGGCAGAUCGGGCGGGGCCAGCGGCUCGAGCUCCUGGUGGUGCCGGAGGUUGCGAAGCUCAUCGCGUCAGCCGCCGCGGCGGGCGAGGGCCGGGGCGCCGCCGGCCGCGCCGCCGAGCUCCAGCAGCUGCGAGACGCCGGGGAACACCGCGAAGCCGACCGACGACGGCUCCGCGACGCCCUCGCGUGGCUCGUCGUCAACGGCAUGCGAUCGGAGAACGUCCAGGCUGGCCUACUCGCGGAGCAACGCGCGGCUAACAUCUGGCGUAAACACGCGUACCGGGGGUUGCUCAAGGCGGGCAUCGCCGUCGCGGGCGUGCAGCCCGCGGGGAUCGGGCGGUACCAGCAGUUCCUCGACGUCUUCAGGGAGCGCGUGUCCUUCGUGGUGUCGAACGCGGUCCCGACCGGCGGAUUCGCGUCCAAGAGGCUGGCGAUGGCGGUGAGCGAACACUCCAGUUUGCUCAUCGACGACCCGGAGGCGUCGCGCGCGCUGCAGAAGAUCCUGCGGGAGGUGGCGGAGACGGAGGAAUCCACCGCCGCGCUCCGCGCUAAGCUCCGCGGCGCCCAGGUUGGCGGUGGGGGUGUCGGCGCGGGCAGGAGCCCGCUGGCGGACAUCGCGGACUUACUCGCCAACGCCGGGGGCACCGCCGGCGACGCUGACGCGGUGGAGAAUGACAAUUUCGACGGCGGCGUCGGCGGAAGCGGCGAACGGGAGCGCUACCUCGACGGCGAGCAGGUCCAGGAGCAGGAGCAGGAGCAGGAGCAGGAGCAGGAGCGAGAGCAGGAGAAGGAGGAGGAGCGGCAGGAGGAGCGCGAGGAGGAGGAGUUUGAGCGUUUGAAGUACUCGAGAGACGACGAGACGCAGCGCGGGUGGAGGGUUGGGGACCUGAAGGAGGAGCCAAACUCGGGUAACUCGCUCGGUUUCCACCCGCUGAACGAGUUCAGCCUCUUCAUGGGCAUCGGUCACCAGACCCCGACGCUUUCCUUCCCGGAUUACCUCCACCUCUCCAAGAACUACUUCCGUCUGGGUUGGUCGCUCAACAGUCACAGGCGGCUCAAGAACCUCAUCAUCGUCAUGGACUGGGUUCCCGACAUGACCGUCACCUUCGGCGAGGAGGACCCGGAGGACGAGGAGGGUUCCCUCAACCCCGCGCACGCGGAGCUGGAAGAUUUCCUGAGCACCCCCGACAAGGGCGGGGAGAAGAGUUUCCUUCAGAGCGUCACGGACGCCUUCCAGGAGUCGGUGGACGCGUUCGCUCAGGCCACCAAGCGAAAGCGACGCAUCAAGUCGAGCUGGAAACCCAGGGAGCUCACCAAGGAACAAGAGGCGGGUUUGCAGUCCGCGUUCACGCUCUUCGACGACGCCGGCAUCGGCAGGCUCGACGAGUCGCAGCUGAGGGAGGUGCUUCGCUCGGCGGAUGCGUGCGUCGGAGGCGACGAGGCGGCGCUGUCGGCGUUGGCUCGGCGAAUCGCGAAUAACGCCUCGGGCGGCGCCGACGCGGGCGUGACGCUCGAGGAUCUCAAGAACGCGGUUCGCAACAUGAACAUAUACGGGAUCCAGGACGGGCGGUACUACGUGGCGCUGUCCCUCGCCGAGGCUGAGUCCCUGAGGGCGGCGAUGCACGGCGCCAAGCGGGAGCUCCUCGAGGGGGCGGGCGACGGUAAGCUGGUCCCCUUCGCGUCCACGGAGGUUGGACUUCGCAUCGCGGCGCCCGGGGGCGGCGGUGCGUUGAUCGAGGCCACCAGCGGGUACGAGCCCGCGGAGCUGUUCCAGGCGGCGACCGCGACGCAGUGCUUUCGAUUCGUGGACUCGCAGGUUGACUUUGAGGACCACGAGCUAUCGCUCCUGCUCCGGUCGCUGCAGGGCAACUCGUGCGCGGACAGGGCUGAAUUCUUCGAGCGCGUCCGAGCCGUGCGACGCCGCGCCAAGACGCCGUGGCAGGCGACGCCCCUCGCCAAGGCGCUGACCACCGCGGACGAGUUUGCGAUGCUCGCGUCGAGGGCCACGUCCGCUCGUGUUCGCGCGGCGCUCCGCAAACACAAGAUGCGACUGCUGGACGCCUUCCGCGCGUUCGACGGGGAGCAGCUCGGCCGCCUGACCUACGAGGGCCUCUACGGCGGUCUCACCUGGCUCGGCAUGGACAUCACCCCGUCCCAGAUGAUGGAACUCGCGGGGAAGAUCGACAAGGCGGGCGACGGCUUCGUGUCAUUCGAGGAAUUCACCGAGGCGUUUGGGCCCGACGAUUACGUAAUCGGUGAUGGGGACGACUCGGACGUCCCGUCGGCUUCGGCUUUGGCCUCGCAAUCCGCGGCCAUGGACGACGACAUCUUCGGGCUCAACGCCAUGAACAACAACGCCGUGAACGCACAAAACUCCAUCGCCGAUCCACUCGGCGCGCUCGGCGCGGACGGCGCCGCCGGGACGGAUGGAUGGGGCGGCGACGAGGACCUCAUCAACUUUGACGGCGCUCAGGGCGCCGGGCGCGUUCGCAUCGAGGCGAGGUCACUCGCCGGUCGGUCGCCGCAAAAGUCCCCGUCCAAAUCGGGCGCGGACGGACCCCGCGCGCCGGUGUCCCGCGAUCCCGCGACGCUCGGGGUGCCGCUGUCCAGGGACAUCCUCGGCGGGUUCAGGCUCGCGCUCAAGCAGCACGGGGCGUUUGAGCGAACGUGGAUGAGCGAGGGGAGCGGGUGCCGCCGGGCCGCGUCGUUUUGGAACGCCAAGAUCGAGACCAGCUCGUUCGCCCGCAACCGCGACCGGGUCUCGCUCGGUUCCUACGCGGUUCCCGCCUACCACGACCCCACCAGGGCGGUGGGUCAGCCGGCCAACGCGCUGGAGAUUGCGGACAACAAGGCGUGGUCCAUGACUGGCUCCGUUCACAUGGCGGGCGUGAUCGACGCGCUGUUUCCGCACCCGGUUCGGUUCAGGCAGGUUUGGGGCCAGGAGUGGAAGCACACGGCCGCCUACGCGUGGGCCGCGGUGUCCCCGCCCGGGUUUAGCGCGCUGGGCAUGGUCCUGACCUCGAGCAGCGCGCCGCCGCCGCUCACCGCGAUGCGGUGCGUGCCGACUCGGUGGACCAAAUCGCCCUCGUCGCAGCCGCGGCUGGUGUGGGAUAACGGCGGCGGCGGGGGAAGGCCGGCGUCCAUCUGGAUCGUCAACUCGCUGGGCACCGCGCACGUCACCGUCGGUUUCGACGCGCCGACGCACGCGGACGGGAUACUGGAGCUGGUUCCCGCCUCGCAGAUGCUCCCCGAGGAUGUCCUGGAUCCCGGCGCCGGCGAUGUUCGAAAGGGCGCCGACAAUAACAAGGCGGUUAAUAAUUCAUCCGGCGCCGACAAUAAGGAGGGUCUGCGCGGCCGAGCGGCGAUGUUCGAAUCCGUCGCGCGGGAGCAGCGGGAGCGCGAGGCCGAGGCGACGCGGCGCGCGCAGGCGGCGCUCAACGCGCGAGGCGCGAGCGGCGACGACCUUCUCAUGGGCGCGGUUGAUUUUCUGACGGGGGGCGGCGUCGGCGAACCCGAGCCGCCGCCGAGGCACGCCGUGGACCACAGGAGGGUGUACGAGGCGUGGUUGGAGGAGGACGAGCGCCCGACGCACAACGCGGGGGAUCCGUUCGGUCUGUCCGGGGGGGGUUCCGGGGGUGGAGCACCCGCGCCGGCGCCCGCGCCGCCUAGAUCCGCCGCGGCGGGUCCGAUGCGGCUGGGCGGCGGGCGGGGCGACAAGGACGUCAAUCCGUUUGCGAGGAUGGAUCCCCUGGGGGGUUUGGGCGGGCUGGGCGUGCCCUCGGCGCCGGCGCCGGCGGUCAGGCCGCCGGCGAUUAACCCGCCGCCGUCGACGCAGACGCGGGACUUGCUGUCGGGGGACUCGCUCGAUCCCCUCGGGGUGUUGGGAGCGGCUCCGGUGAGGGAAAAACCCAAGGAGUCGAUCUUCAACGCGUCGUCGCGGAAACAGUUGAAGAAGAAGGACUGAUGA